AUGGCAUGUCUAGAUAUAGAGAAUGUAUGGGUAACCAGGAAGAACAAAGCCACCAUCACUCGUUUCAACAUACUGGGAACUGUGCAGGAGACUGUUACCGCCACCUGUUGGGAUCAUCCUAGUGACAUUUCAAUUUCAAAAGAAGGACAUCUGCUCUACACUAAUAAAGUAAACAAAAUAGUAAAUGAUGUCCAACAGACAAAACCGAAGAUCACGGCACCACAGGGAUGGGUUCUACUUGGACUGUGUUUCACACAAUCAGAUGACUUACUGAUCAGUUUGCAAACAAAUGAUAAAGAGCGCUAUAAAAUUGUCCGUUAUGAAGGUCAAUCAAUAAAGCAGGAGAUAGAAAAGGACGAUCAAGGUCAUCCUCUAUAUAAAGGAGGAGGUAAUAUGCUCUUCGUGGCAGAAAACAACAACGGGGAUAUCUGUGCCUCGGAUUGCAAUGCCAGUAUAGUCACAGUGGUGAACAAAAAGGGAAAACUCCGAUUCCGAUAUAAAGGACACCAAACGAUGAAGAAGCAGUUUGAUCCCGUCUCGAUUGUCACAGACACCGCGGAUCGUAUUCUGGUGUAA